AUGUGCUGCUAUGCCUGCGGCAUCCCGGCAAAUUAUCCGUCGCAACGCAGCUCGGCUGCGGGCGUUUCCAUCGUGCACGCGUCGGAAACGAGCACGGUGUAUGGCACGGUGAAUGAUGCGGAUCUCUCGAUCAAAUUCUGA